UUAAACCGUCGUAGUUCGUGAUCUGUGUUUAUUUUUUUGUGUUUACCAGUUUUAACUUCAUAUCGUCAUUAAUUUGAUUAAUUUAUAAUUAUAAACAAGUAAUAUAUGUUAAACAUAAGUUAUUAAAUAUUGUAUUAACUGUGAUCAUAGCUUCACACUUAGUAUUAAUUAUUGCUUUGUUAUUAAUAAAAACAAUACAUUAAAAACUCAAGCACUGAAAUGGCUGGUCCCAUGGAUAGAAUUCAAGUAUUGGACGAAAUUGAGAAAGACAUCAUCACUUGUCUGCAGUGUGCUGCUCAAGCACUUCUUGAACUAGGGAAAGAAAAAUCAAGUCAAAAACAAGCAGAGAGUAACACAUCACAAUUUUUAAGAACACUCAGCCAAGUGGAGUCAAAAUUAAGUGACCAGAUUAAUUACCUGACUCAGGUGUCUACAGGGCAACCUCAUGAGGGUUCAGGUUAUGCUUCUCAAAAAGUUUUACAAAUGGCAUGGCACAGAUUAGAGCAUGUUCGAUCAUGGAUUAAUGAAUUGGAGAGGUUAAAGGCUUCACAUUUAGCUGCAAGUAAUAGAACAGUUACUGGCAUACCUAAUGGUGGUACUAUGACCUCAUCAGGAACCAGCACUCAAUAAAUAUCAUAUUUGACCAUUUA